CUUGGCCUCAAUUUGUCCCGUAGGCCCAGACACGGUCCCUUGGGAACAGAACGGCUUGGUGAGUUGGACAGGAGGAGACCCGGGAGCAGAAGCGCCCCUGCGAGAACAGCCCCCGCCCGGACCUUUCGGGAGCCGUGGGGCAGAGGCUGCGGAGCCCCAGGAGGGUAGGCGGUGGAUUUGCGGGCCCGAAGUGAGCAGGGCUCGGGAGAAGUCACCGCGAGCCGAGGUCUACCAUCAAUAGUCUAUACUUUUCUAAGAGAAGCAGAAAAUGAACAGAUUGCAGGGGCCAGUGUCAUUCAGGGAUGUGGCUGUGGACUUCACCCAGGAGGAGUGGCAACAGCUGGACCCUGAUGAGAAGAUAACAUACAGGGAUGUGAUGCUGGAGAACUACAGCAAUCUAGUUUCUGUGGGGUAUGAUAUUACCAAACCAAAUGUGAUCAUUAAGUUGGAGCAGGGAGAAGAGCCAUGGGUAAUAGAAGGUGAAUUCCCAUGUCAAAGUCAUCUAGAAGAAGUCUGGAAAGCUGAUGACCUGAUAGAGGGAAUCCAAGAGAAUGAAGGGAAAUAUUCAAGGGAAGCUGUUCAUAUCAAUAGCAAAACCAUGAUUGAAGAGAGAGAGAAUACCUUUGAUAAAACUUAUAAUAUGGAAACAAGCCUUGUUCCUUCAAGCAUAAUAGCUCAUAAUUGUGUCUCAUGUGGAAAGAAUUUAGAAUCUAUUUCAGAAUUGAUUAGUAGUGAUGGAAGCUAUGCAAAAAGGAAACAUGAUGAAUGUAAUGAAUGUGGGAAAACAUAUGAUGGAGAGAAACCGUAUGAAUUUAAUCAAAAUGGGGAUGGCUAUUCUCAAAAUGAAGAAAGUAUUCUUCAGAAAAUUAAUAUUUUGGAGAAACCCUUUGAAUAUAAUGAAUGCUUGGAAGCCUUAGACAAUGAAGCUGUUUUCAUUACUCAUAAGAGAGCUUACAUGGGGGAGAAACCCUAUGAGUGGAAUGAUUCUGGACCAGACUUCAUCCAGAUGUCAAAUUUUAAUGCAUAUCAGAGAUCACAAAUGGAAAUGAAGCCCUUUGAAUGCAGAGAAUGUGGAAAAUCCUUUUGUAAAAAGUCAAAAUUUAUUAUACACCAGAGGGCUCAUACAGGAGAAAAACCUUAUGAAUGUAAUGUAUGUGGGAAAUCCUUCAGCCAAAAGGGUACCCUCACUGUACAUCGGAGAUCACACUUAGAAGAGAAGCCCUAUAAAUGUAAUGAAUGUGGCAAAACCUUCUGUCAGAAGUUACAUCUCACUCAACAUCUAAGAACUCAUUCAGGAGAGAAACCCUAUGAAUGUAAUGAAUGUGGGAAAACUUUCUGCCAAAAGACACAUCUCACCCUACACCAGAGAAAUCAUUCAGGAGAGAGACCCUAUCCAUGUAAUGAAUGUGGGAAAUCCUUCUCCCGAAAGUCAGCUCUCAGUGACCAUCAGAGAACACACACAGGAGAGAAACUUUAUAAAUGUAAUGAAUGUGGAAAAUCCUACUACCGAAAGUCUACCCUUAUUACACAUCAGAGAACACACACAGGAGAGAAGCCCUAUCAAUGUAGUGAAUGUGGAAAAUUCUUUUCUCGGGUAUCAUAUCUCACUAUACAUUACAGGAGUCAUUUAGAAGAGAAACCUUAUGAAUGUAAUGAAUGUGGCAAAACCUUCAAUUUAAAUUCAGCCUUCAUUAGACAUCGGAAAGUACACGCAGAAGAGAAAUCCCAUGAAUGUAAUGAAUGUGGAAAGUUCUCUCAGUUGUCAUAUCUUACAGACCAUCAUACAAAUCAUUUAGGAGAGAAAUCCUAUGAAUGUACUGAAUGUGGGAAAACCCUCCUUGUAAAUUCAGCCCUCAGUGGGCACCAGUCACUUCCAAAAGGGGAGAAAUCCUAUGAAUGUAAUAUAUGUGGAAAAUUAUUCUCUGAGUUGUCAUACUACACUGAACAUUAUAGAAGUCAUUCAGAAGAGAAACCCUAUGGAUGUAAUGAAUGUGGGAAAACCUUCUCUCAUAAUUCAUCUCUCUUUAGACAUCAGCGAGUACACACAGGCGAGAAACCCUAUGAAUGUUAUGAAUGUGGAAAAUUCUUCUCUCAGAAGUCGUAUCUCACUAUACAUCAUCGAAUUCAUUCAGGAGAGAAACCCUAUGAAUGUAGUAAAUGUGGAAAAGUUUUCUCUCGGAUGUCAAACCUCACUGUACACUAUAGAAGCCAUUCAGGAGAGAAACCGUAUGAAUGUAAUGAAUGUGGGAAAGUCUUUUCUCAGAAGUCAUACCUCACUGUACAUUAUAGAACUCAUUCAGGAGAGAAACCUUAUGAAUGUAGUGAAUGUGGGAAAAAAUUCCACCACAGAUCAGCCUUCAAUAGCCAUCAGAGAAUUCAUAGAAGAGGGAAUAUGAAUGUACUUGAUAUGGAAAAUCUCUGAAGUCAAGUCUUAAUUUUUAGAAAACCAUCUGAAUAUAAUGAAUAUAGGAAAUCCAGCAGGAUUGUGUUUGUCUGAGAGUUCAUGUUCCUCAAUGGGGAAAAGCAUUUAGGUAUUAGAUUCAUUUUAAUCUGAAUUUUUAGGGAGAAGAACCCUUAACAACGCAAUGAGAAAAAUCUUCAGCAGGAUCAUACAACUCAUUGGACACUAAAUAACAUAUACAGGACUGAAAUUUUAUAAAUAUUUAAUAUUUAUUUUGUAUUCAAAUUAUAUUUACACAUCAGGGAAUCAUAAUAAGGCAAAAUCUGUCAAUGUGAUGAAUGUGGAAAAUACAUCUUGGAAAUUCUGAAAGCCAUAUUUCUGAUCUAAAAUAAGAUGUUUAUAGGAAAGAUACCAGAAGCUACUAGCUCUCAGUAAACCUUCAUUGUAUAAAAUGAAGUUUUAAAAUCAUUAGGAGUUGAUCAUGAAGUCAGUAGCAUUAAAUGAGUAUAUGGCAGUUCCUAUCUGCUUUUAAAAUGCAGUCUAUCUAAUUCUAUGCAAGUUUGGAUUUGAAUAAUUUAUGGAAAGGCACUAUUCUUAUUUGAGUAUUACGAUGGUAAAACAUACUAACACAGGAUGUGUUGGUGAGAUAUUUGAUAGGUAUAAAAUUGUAAAAUACAUAAUUUUUCUGUAGAGGAACUUACAAGUGGGUUUUUAAUGAAUGUCUCAUCAGUAGAGGAGGCUGUGAAGUUUUCAAAUGUACCUGAGCAAAAAAAAAUUUUUAAUACUAUUUUGAUAAAUAAUUCAUACAUAAUUUGGAAUUAAGUCUAUUUCAGUGAAAGAGAACAAGCAUACUGCUCAUACUUCUAAAAUAUCCCCAACUCUCAUACCACUCUUAUGUUUUAAUUGAUAGGUUUGAUUGUGCAGAUUGCCAGUAUUAUGUAAUUCAGCAAUUUUACCUGAAGUUUUACUUGAUAUAAAUCUAGUGUCAUUAUUUUGUGCAUUGCCCCUUAUUCCCAGUAUUUUAGAACAAAUUAAUACAUGGUUCUAGCAGACAUUUUUUUGGUUGAUUGAAUUAAUGCUCUUUUCUCCCCUCAUUCUUGGCUGGAAGAGUUUGGGUACCUACCAUUUAUUUACAUGACAAAAGGUAAAUCCUGAUUUCCUAAAUCAGUGAUGAUAAUUCCAUUCUGAAUGCCAGUAACUUGUUUAUAGUACUCAUAUGACCCAAUCCUGGGCAAACAAAAUAGAGAUGGGUUGGUUCUAGAAAGAGGAUAAAACAGUGAACAAAUGGGUCUUACUCCAGGAAUGCAAAGGUGGUUUAAUAUUUCGAAAGUCAGUCAGUUAUACACCAUAUGAAGAAAGGUAAUCUGGUAUGCAAAAAAUUUACGUGGCAAAAUUAAUAUCUAUUGGUUAUAAUCUUAGUAAACUAUGGAAAGAAAGGGAUUUCCUUAAUUGGAUGUAGAGUAAUUUAAACUACAACAAACAGAAUACUUAAUGGUGAGAUAUUGACAGUUUUCUCCCAGGAUCAAAAAAAAAAAGAGAGAGGACAAGGAUAUCUGCUAUCACUAAUUUCAUUCAGCAUUGUGCAGAAAAUCCAAGCCAGGAAAGUAAAGCAAGAAAAAGAAACAAAAGGCAUGAGGACCAAUCCAUUUCCCAAAAUGAAGUAAAACUUUUAUUUGCAGAUGACAUGACUUUGUAUAUGGAAUAUUCUGAGGAAUGUACAGGUAAUUAGAAUUAAUGAGUAAAUUUAGCAAAUAAAAGUUAGCAAGGUUCCUGCAUAUGGGGUCAUUAUGCAAAAAAAAAUUGUUGUUUAAUAUACUAGCAAAAAACCUAGAAAAUGAAAAAUUUUAAAACAAUACCAGUUACAAAAAUCCUCAAGUGCCUAGAGGAAAAAUUAACAUUUUCAAGAACUGUAUCCAGAAAAAAUUAAAAAACAGUGAGAGGGAUAUAUCUUGUUCAUGGAUUUCAGUACAGUCUCAAAAAGGUGUCAGUUUUCCCUAAAUGAAUUCAUAUAUAUUCAGUGCAAUCUUAAUAAAAAUCCUAGCAAGUGGUUUAAUGGAAAUUAAUGAGCUAAUUCUAAAAUUCAUAAGAACACUGAAAAGACCAAUAAUAGUCAAGGCUUUCUGGUACAAGACAGAAUUUAUAUUCCCAGAUAUCACAACCUAUUACAAAGCGAUAGAAAUUAUGAUGGUGUGAUAGUGGCACAGGAUAAACAAGUUGACCAAUGGAACAGAAUAAAGAUUGCAGAAAUAGACUCAUAUACACAGUCAUCUGACUUUUGACAAAGAUGACAAGUGCAAUGGGCAAAAGUACGUUCUUUCCAAUAAAUGCUUUGUCAAUUAAAUUUCAUA